AAAAGUGUGUGCUGAACAGACCCCUAAGAGUAAAAAAUUCUGAGAGAGGAUUUCCUCAUAGUGAAGACCUGAUCAUAAUGCCUAACAACCCCUUAGGAGAAUGUUUUUGGUGGUCAUAGAUUUAUCCUCACGAGGCUGCACUCAUAACAUAUAUAUGUGCACAUGCACUUAACAUUUUACACACAUUCCCAUGCUAGCCAAGUUUUAUUUGGAGUAACUUCCCUUAUCCAAUCAUUUUGUCUAGAAUAUCAAGACAUUCUGUACAUUGGCCCUGUAAGGGAAAUAUAUAUCUGGAUGUGCAGGACUACCCGAAUUGCUCACACACCCGGUUUUCAUUUACGUUCAUAUCCUCACCUGAAUUUCUCACUGUCAUUUGAGAAGAACUCACACAGACAUUUUUCUGAGUACAUAGUUUUUAUGCAGAUCAGCUCAGAUCAACCAGAAAACUGAACCAUUUGAAGCCAAGGCAACUAACCAGACUAGUGAUGGAUAAGUUUCAUGUGAAUGAUAAAGUAUUAGUAAAUUGUGAUGGGAUAUGGUGGCCUGGCUGGGUAUCUGAAUCAGAGAAAGAGAAAUCUAUUACUCAUACUGUGUCAUUUUUUGAUGAGGAAGAAAUAAAAACUGAAGAAAACUAACAGACUAAGACAUCUGUUAGUAAAAUUCACCAGUGAUGUUAGUUUAAUCGAAAUAAAGGAUUUCAACAGCCAAGACUAUCUAGAUGAAUUGGUUCAGAAAAUUGAAUGCAAGCCUUACAAUAAAUUAUUUGCAACAGAUGAUGAUGAUGAUUCACUACCACCCCCACAAGCUGAAGAGAGAGAGAUCAAGCCCAUUCCUCCAUCUUCACAAACCAGGAUGAUUGAUGAUGAUGAUCCACUACCAUCAUCACAAACUAAAGUGACAGAGAUCAAGCCCAUUUCCCCAUCAUCACAAACUAGUGUGAUUGAUGAUGAUCCACUACCACCCUCACAAGAGCCCAUUCCUCCAUCGUCACAAACCAGGAUGACUUAUGAUGAUGAUCCACUACCAUCCUCACAAGUUAAACCGACAGAGGUCAAACCAAUUCCUCCAUCUUCCCAAACCAGAAUGAUUGCUGAUGAUGAUGAAGAGGAUGAUCUACUACCACCCUCUCAAUCUAAUCGGAGAGAGAUAAAGACCAUUCGUCCAUCUUCACAAACCAGGUUGAUGGAUGAUGAGGAAUCACUACCACCUUCACAAGCUAAACCGACAGAGGUCAAACCCAUUCCUCCAUCUUCAAAAACCUGGAUGAUUGAUGAUGAUGAUCCAAUACCACCUUCACAAGCUAAACCGACAGAGGUCAAACCCAUUCCUCCAUCUUCACAAACCUGGAUGAUUGAUGAUGAUGAUCCACUACCACCUUCACAAGCUAAACCGACAGAGGUUAAACCCAUUCCUCCAUCUUCACAAACCUGGAUGAUUGAUGAUAAUGAUCCACUACCACCUUCACAAGCUAAACCGACAGAGGUCAAACCCAUUCCUCCAUCUUCACAAACCUGGAUGAUUGAUGAUGAUGAUCCACUACCACCAUCACAAGCUAAACCGACAGAGGUCAAACCAAUUCCUCCAUCUUCACAAACUAGUGUGGUUGAUCAUGAUGAAGAAGAUGAUCCACCACCACCCACACAAGCUAAACGGAGAGAGGUCAAGGCCAUUCCCUCAUCUUCACAAACCUGGUGGAUUGAUAAUGAUGAAGAAGAUGAUCCACUACCACUCACACAAGCUAGAGGGAGAGAGGUCAAACCAAUUCCUCCAUCUUCACAAACUAGUGUGAUUGAUCAUGAUGAAGAAGAUGAUCCACUACCACCCACACAAGCUAAACGAAGAGAGAUCAAGGCCAUUCCCUCAUCUUCACAAACCUGGAUGAUUGAUGAUGAUCCACUACCACCAUCACAAGCUAAACGGAGAGUGAUCAAGCGCAUUCCUCCAUCUUCACAUACCUGGAUGAUUGAUGAUGAUGAUCCACUACCACCAUCACAAGCUAAACCGACAGAGGUCAAACCAAUUCCUCCAUCUUCACAAACUAGCAUGAUUGAUCAUGAUGAAGAAGAUAAUCCACUACAACCCACACAAGCUAAACGGAGAGGGAUCAAGGCCAUUCCCUCAUCUUCACAAACCUGGAUGAUUGAUCAUGGUGAAGAGGAUGAUCCACUUCCACCCACACAAGCUAAACCGAGAGCGAUCAAGGCCAUUUCCUCAUCUUCACAAACCAGGUUGAUUGAUGAUGAGGAAUCACCCUCACAAGCUAAACGGAGAGGGAUCAAGGCCAUUCCUCCAUCUUCACAAACCUGGAUGAUUGAUGAUUAUGAUCCACUACCACCCACACAAGCUAAACGGAGAGAGAUCAAUUGUGAUUGA